AUUAACAAGCAUAUUGAAUGCAAUAUUGAGCCAAUAACCAAGAAACAACCAACUGUUGUUCAAUCACCAUCAGAAAAGGAAGAAGCUGCAAAUUCCACUGCCUGAAAACAUGCAAGUAGUCAAAAUCUGGUAAGACUGCCAAACUUCAACUGAAUUUAGGAAGAAGGUAAUUUUGUUUGCAAUUUGAGGCUUAGUUUAUUGUUUCGUCUGCCUCUUUCCAUCUUGCAGUAAAAGUCGACCAACAAGUCCCUUUCAUGUAGAUCCCACCCUAGCAAGAAAAAUAAAUCCCACAAAGGAAAUCAUACCCAAAAGUUCAAAUAUGCAUUGAAUUCUGAAGAGAGAUGGUUUCAAGAAAUACCAAAUAUGACAAUAAAUAAAAGAGUGAGAAGAGAAGACAGAAUUUAAGACAUCAAGUUGUGUGUCUAACCAGCCAAGCUUAGAAGGGGGAGAAAACUCAACUCCCAAGUCGGUUCCAAUCUGCAAGUUGACAAUUUACCGGCAAUUCUGCAUCUUUUCCCCACAUAUAUACACACACAAGAGGAAAAAUACCAGUCCUUUCUCCAGAUCUUUGAAAAGGAGAAGCCAUAGGAAGAAGGAUACCAGCUCUGGUUCUGUGAAGAGAAGAAAAGAGAAGAAGACAAUGGCGGGAGGGUCAUUCGGCCCAGCCGGGGUGGCCAAGGAGAGGGCACAGCAGUACCAAGGGAAGGUCACUGCAUCUGUCAUCAUUGCUUGUAUGGUUGCAGCUACCGGAGGCUCUCUCUUUGGCUAUGAUGUUGGAAUUUCAGGAGGAGUUACAUCCAUGGAUGGAUUUCUAAGCAAAUUCUUCCACAAUGUCUAUGAGAAGAAGCAGCAUGCUAAAGAAAACAACUACUGCAAGUACGAUGAUCAAGGGCUAGCAACUUUCACCUCUUCUCUUUACCUUGCUGGUUUGGUUGCAUCCCUGGUGGCAAGUCCCAUAACAAGAAGCUACGGCCGCCGAGCCAGCAUUAUCAUCGGUGGGAUCAGUUUCUUCAUUGGAGCAUCAUUGAAUGCUGCAGCGGUCCAUAUAGCAAUGCUGCUGGCAGGCCGGAUCAUGCUUGGCAUCGGCAUUGGAUUCGGAAAUCAGGCUGUUCCACUCUACCUAUCAGAAAUGGCACCAACCCAUCUUCGCGGAGGACUGAACAUGCUUUUCCAGCUGGCAACUACUCUCGGAAUCUUCUCAGCAAACAUGGUCAACUACGGAACCCAAAAGCUCGAGCCAUGGGGGUGGAGACUAUCUUUAGGAUUAGCCGCAGUCCCAGCUUUCCUCAUGGCAGUAGGCGGAAUGCUUCUUCCAGAAACACCCAACAGCUUAAUCGAAAGAGGGCAAGAAGCAAAGGGAAGAAAGGUCCUGGAAAAAAUCAGAGGAACAAGCAAUGUGGAUGCAGAAUUCGAGGACAUGGUUGACGCGAGUGAGAUGGCCAACUCAAUCAAGCAUCCAUUCAGAAAUAUUCUUGAGCGAAGAAACAGGCCGCAACUGGUUAUGGCUAUCUGCAUGCCAGCAUCCCAAAUCAUGACAGGAAUUAACGCAAUCCUCUUUUAUGCUCCAGUGCUGUUUCAGAGCAUGGGGUUUGGGAAAGAUGCAGCCCUUUACUCCUCGGCCUCAACAGGAGCUGUUCUGUUCUUCUCAACCUUCCUUUCCAUCGCUGCAGUUGACAAAUUGGGCAGGAGGAUGCUACUCAUCAGUGGCGGAAUCAUCAUGAUCAUCUGCCAGGUGACUGUCUCCAUAAUCCUGGGGCUGAAGUUCGGAACAAAUGAGCAUCUCUCGAAAGGUUACUCGGUCUUGGUUGUGGUAGUCGUUUGCCUCUUCGUGCUGGGAUUCGGAUGGUCGUGGGGUCCUCUAGGUUGGACUGUACCAAGCGAAAUAUUCCCACUGGAGAUACGAUCAGCUGGACAAAGCAUUACUGUAUCGGUGAACUUUCUCUUCACGUUCAUCAUUGGUCAAUGCUUCCUCUCCAUGCUGUGCGCAUUCAAGUUCGGCAUCUUCCUCUUCUUUGCCGGCUGGGUCACCCUCAUGACAGCAUUCGUCUACUUCUUCCUGCCUGAAACAAAGGGAGUCCCCAUCGAAGAGACAGUGCUCCUGUGGAGAAAACAUUGGUUCUGGAAAAAGAUAGUUGGAGAGGAGAUGGAAUCCCGCGGGACUCCAAACGGUAAUGCAGUGGAAAUGGAUGAGGCAGUAAGAAACAUUCAAUAGCCUAUGUCACCUCUCGAUUUGUACAUAGUAUGCAUUAUUUAGCAGUCAACAAAAGAAACUUCUCAGCAAUAUAGCUAUAUGACCUCAUGAAUCCUACCAUUUGUACCAACAAUUAGUAUAUUUUUAUCUCAUUCUAAAUCAAUAAGACAUUUGUCCUGAAACAUAUGCUGCUGCUUUAUGCUCAAAGGCCCCUAUAUGAAUCUGAUCAAGCAAGCUGAAUUAGAAAUCUAUCCAUGGUCUCGAGUUUAUGCCGAAAAGAACAAACUUCAUAAAACAAUCAUCUGUCCAAGGGUAUAAGCAUCAAAGUUCCUCAAUUUCACACCCCACAACAACAGAUAUGGGACUAAACAAAACUUCCAGUCUGCAUAAUAAGAGAAUACUCAAGAAAUAAUGGACAUACCU